GUUUAAUCACUUUUUUUUUUCCUCAUCAAACACAAACAACGACAUUUUUCCCUCUCUAUCCUCUUGGUUGCCUUUUUCCCCCAACGAAUAGGACCUACUGUAUGUCUUUCUCUUUUCUUUGAAAUUUCAAAUUUAAAAAACACAAAAAUAUGAAUUCUUACUUUAUCUGUUGAACAUGCUUGUCAAUUUUCAACAAACAUUUGUAAAUUUGGUUUUCUCACUCAAAAAAAGUUUACAAAUUAUAGCAACGAAACAUGGCUGAGCCUACUUGUGUUAUGCAUCCUUUCUCUUACACCACACCAUCCUUCUCCAAUGAAACUCGUGAGGAAAAUCCAAUGUAUGGAAUGGGAGAGUCAGUUUCAUUUGGGAGAUAUGUAUGUGAAGAAUUGGAAUGGGAAAAGUGGUCAUCAUUUGACAGUAAUAAUAACAGAAAUCGUUAUGUAAAAGAGGCAGAAAAAUACUCCAAACCAGGCUCAGUAGCACAAAAGAAGGCUUAUUUUGAAGCUCAUUUCAAGAGAAUGGCAGCUCUUAAGGCUGCAGCUUUACUUGAUGAGGGAAAUGGUUCGGAAAAUACGUCUGAUGAAACUAACAUAGACCAAUUUAACGGCGAUUCUGCAGUAAUUACGAGCUUGAAUCUACAUGUUGACGAUAACAGUUACGAGCAGGCCAAAAUUGUUCCGAAAGAAGGUGAAAUUAAUAAUGCAGGGGAAUUUGUGGUUCACCAAAAUGAACUUUACUCAAUUGGUGUAGAUGAUGGGAAUGGUAAUGAUGACAAAAAUGUAAAUCCGCCAUUACCGGAACACAAAUCUUCCGACAAAAUUGAUAUUUACUCAGCUUCUAAGAAGGAUGAAAAUUGCAAGGCAAGCAAUGAGGAGUCAAGUGGGAUUCCCCAAAUAUGUAAACUUCCUUUGCAGGAGAAGGCUUAUUUAACUGAGGAAGCAUCUGUAACAAUAGUAAAAAGGAAUCCACCACUUUCAUCCUACAUUCCAUCCCCUGCUAGAUCUGCUAAUCCGAUUUAUCCUGGGAAAGAAAACUACGCAACUCCGGUUAAAAAGAAGUCUUCUGUUAGUGAGCCAGAUAAAAAGAAAACUCCACUUCGUAUGUCAAUCAACAGAGAACUCAACAGAAUCAUGUCACCAGUCAUUAAGAAACUUGGAAGUUCUUCUAAGGUUUCCAAAGAUUGCUCCACUGACCCUUCAAGAACUCCUGCCAAGGCUUUCCUGAGCGGUGUACAAGUUCCUCCUAUGACUCCAGAUUUGUCGAAAAGAGGUAUGAGCAAAAAUAAGAUAAGCUCACCCAUUAUUCCCAAUUCAUUUUGCCUGAGGAGUGCAGACAGAACUGCUAGAAGAAAGCAGAAGCUAGAAGAUAAGUUCAAUGCCACAGCUACGGAAAAGGCACCUCAACCAUCAAAAUUCAAGGAGAAAGCGGAAGCAGAACUAAACAAAUUCCGCCAGAGCUUUUGCUUUAAAUCUAUGGCUUCUCCAGACUAUUAUGGAGACAGCGGAACAUUCAACAGCCCUAAGCCCAAGAAAGAGUCUACAAAUCGUAAGUCCCCUAAUGAGGUAGGACAGGCGAACAGAACAGCGUCUCAAAAUAAGAGUGCAUUACCACCAAGAAGGCCUUCAGCGAAACAAAUUGGCUUGAAGAGUACUAAAAGAACUACUCAUGUACCCAGCUAACCUUAAGAAAUUUUAACAAGAUUGCGGUCAAGUGUUUGACAGAUUAUAGGAACCUCCUCCAACAGACUGACAAUAUUCGGUACACAUUGUCAAGAAAGAGCAACCCUAUUGAAUCUCGUAAGAGGUAAUUGUUUAAGUUCUAAGCAUCGAAGAACUUCAAUGAUAUGUAUAUUAAACAAGGGUGGACAUCCAAUUUGUUUACUAGAGAGUGCUGUCAUUUUACAGUCUUCAUUCUGGUUCUGUAAGUGUUCAAAUCUUAUAAGUUGCACAUAUGUAUUUGUUGUGAAUUAGACACUUUGUUACAUGGAAGUAACUGCGAGUCUGCAAAUAACUCUAUUGAUUUACGAUUUUCUGUUUGUUUGACUUUAA